AUGAAGUUACGCAUCUGUGCCCUUCUGCUAAUAGGUCUUGCGUUUGCAAGUGGGGGUGCGCGAUGCGCCCCAGGGGAGAGUGACAGUUCAUCCGAAAGUCAUUCAGCAGGUCAAUCGGGAGGUAGUUCAGCAGGUCCAUCCCAAGGUGAUUCAACAAGUUCAUCCCAAAAUGCUGCAGCAAGUCCAUCCCAAGGUGGUCCAGCAAGUCCACCCACAGAUAAUCCGGAAAGUUCAGUCGGAGAUAAUCCAGCAAGUUUAUCCCAAGGUACGGGCAAUGGAGAAGUAAGUUCUGCAGAUUCUACCAGUGGUACACCAGGUGCAGAAGGAGACAACGCUGCGACAGUACAAUCACCAGAAGUAACUAAUACAGAAGUGUCACCACAACCUGAAGCGAAUAGUCCGGAUACACCUCCUGUGUCUCAACCAUCAAGUGUUCCGACUUCUUCCAGUGGAGAUUCUCCAGUACCUGCCACUUCCUCCGCGAGUUUCACAAAUCCCAUUCAGGUGAAAGCGUCGUUAUUAAAAAACUACAAGGGAGUGAAAGUAACAGGUCCAUGCGGUUCCUACUUCCAAGUGUACCUCGUGCCCUACCUCUACAUGAAUGUAAACUCAUCGAACAGUGAAAUUGAGAUGGAGCCCUUGUUCAUGAAGGUCGACAACAAGAUCAAAUUUGAGAAGGAGAAGCAUCUCCUCCACAACAUCUGUGCUAACAAUAAAACAUUUAAGCUUGUCUUGUACGUGUAUGAGGGAGUACUAACCAUUAAAUGGAAGGUCUAUCCUGCUGAGGGGGGAGAAGGUUCAGAUAAAAAGGUGGACAUUAGGAAAUAUAAAAUGAAGGAUAUCGGUCAACCUAUUACCUCCAUACAAGUGAUGAUGGUUACUGAGAGGGAUGGAACCAUCUACGUGGAGAGCAAAAAUUUUUCCAUCAUGAAUGAUAUUCCCGAAAAAUGUGAUGCCAUUGCGAACCAAUGUUUUAUGAGUGGUGUGUUGGAUAUCCAGAAGUGCUACCACUGCACGCUGUUGUUACAGGAGAAGGAAAAGGCGGAGGAGUGCUUCAAGUUUGUGUCAACGGAGGUUAAAAAUAGAUUUGAGGAAAUACAAACAAAGGGAGAAGACGAAAAGAACCCCAACGAAGCAGAAUUGGAGGAAACCAUUGAUAACAUAUUCACCAAAAUUUAUGGAGGAGAAGAAAAUCUUCAUAAGGAGGUUAAUCAACUAGCCAUCUUGGAUUACUCUUUGAAGUAUGAACUUCUCAAGUACUGUUUGUUAAUGAAAGAGGUGGAUGCUAGUGGAACACUGGAUAAUCAGGAACUUCCUAACCCCGAGGAUGUAUUCGCCCACAUAACGACCUUGCUCCAAAACAAUAACGAACUUAAUGUCUUUUCAUUAAAGAACAAGAUGAAAAAUCCAGCCCUAUGUUUGAAGGAAGUUGAUCAAUGGAUUGGAAGCAAGACCGGCCUCACACUUCCCGCCCUCGAGCAUAGCACUGUGCAAAAUAAUGAAGAAACCUUCGACGAAAGCGAAGAUGACAUUUCCGGUUCGACCACAACGGAAGGUGCAGAUUUGUAUCCCUUACACUUCUCAGACAAGUUGUUCUGUAAUUAUGAUUACUGUGAUAGAACCAAGGAUACUAGUAGUUGCUUAUCUAAAAUGGAGGUGCACGAUCAAGGAAAUUGUGCUACUUCAUGGCUAUUCGCUUCGAAAUUACAUUUAGAAACUAUAAAAUGUAUGAAGGGAUACAAACACAUUCCAAGUUCUGCUUUGUAUGUAGCUAAUUGUUCCAAUAAAGAAACACACAACAAGGACAAAUGCCAUACACCAUCCAACCCACUAGAAUUCUUGCACACCUUAGAAGAGACCAAAUUUUUACCAGCCGAGUCGGACCUUCCAUAUUGUUAUAAAAAAGUGGGAAAUGAUAUCUGUCCGGAACCAAAGAGUCACUGGCAAAACUUAUGGACAAAUAUUAAACUUGUAGACGCGCAAUAUCAACCUAAUUCGAUCAGCACGAAGGGGUACACCGAAUACCAGAGUAAAUAUUUCAAGGGCAAUAUGGAUGCAUUUAUCAAGUUAGUAAAAUCAGAAAUAAUGAAUAAAGGAUCUGUUAUCGCUUAUGUAAAAGCGACAGGUGCACUAAGUUUUGAUCUGAACGGAAAGAAGGUGCAGAAUUUGUGUGGAGAGGAAGGAACUCCAGAUCUUGCAGUCAAUAUAAUUGGUUAUGGAAAUUACAUAAAUGAAGAAGGAAUAAAGAAAUCUUAUUGGUUAUUGCAGAACAGCUGGGGAUACUACUGGGGUAAUGAAGGAACAUUCAAAGUGGACAUGCAUGGACCAGAUGAUUGCGAACACAACUUUAUCCACACCGCCGCUGUUUUCAAUUUGGAUAUCCCUGUGGUAAUUCCCGCACCGAAUGGCGACCCAGAAAUAAAUAGCUACUACUUGAAGAACUCUCCUGAUUUUUAUAAGAAUCUGUAUUAUAAUGCAUUGGAUGGGGAAUGUGGUAGCACGCCUUGUCAUAGCGUUGAGGGUCAGGACACAACUGUGGAGCAAACCACUGGGCAGGAAGCUAGUCGGGAGGACACUGAGGAGAAAGCUACUGAGCAGGUAGGAGCGUCAGGAGCAGGAGUAGCAACAGUAGCAACAACGGGAACGGGAGCAGCACCAGGAACAGGAGCAAAAGCAGGAGCAGAGGCAGGAGCAGGAGCAGAAACAGAAGCAACAAAGGCAACAGAACUACAAGAACCAAAACUGCAGCAGGAACAGGAACAACAAACACAAUCACCACAACAACCACCACAGCAAGGUUUAACAAAUGAAAAUGCACAACAAGCAGACGGAGAGGUAGUACAGGGAGCACCCGGACAAGCUGUAGCAACGCAUCCGGUACCAUCUGGAGAAGGAAAUGGAACUGGCGGAGAGACUGUCCCUGGAAAUACGAAUUCAGUCCAGAGUACACCACAAAAUAGCGGUUCGAGUGCAGAAAUUGGACAGACCAAUGCUAGCACUAAUGGAGCUGAGCCCCCUGUUUCAGACCCUGUGGAAACCCCUUCCCCCGUGGAGUUAUCAAAAUUAACCGGAACAACGGGCAUAAACGUUGAUGGCGUCACGAGAGUACUCCAUUUUUUGAAAAAUGUGAAAAAUGGAAAAGUGACUAGCAGUUUUGUGACGUACGAUAAUGAAAGUGCCAUCGGCGAUAAGUCAUGUUCCAGAGUCCAGUCUUCAGAUCUAGAUAAGCUGGAUGACUGUGUUAAAUUUUGUGAGGAAAACUGGGAUGCUUGCAAGGGAAGUGUAUCACCUGGUUACUGUCUAACGAAGAAGAGAGGAAACAACGAAUGCUUCUUCUGCUUUGUGUAG